AUGAAUCAGCUAUGCGUGGGUAGCGAGAACACUUCUGCUAAGCAGUCCACCCUUUUGGAGCAAUACGGGGAGAAUCGGUACAUCUGUGAUGCAAACAUGGAUAGCGUUGAAGCGACAAUUUUGCGGUUGCUUGCAAAGCCUACUCAGGAUAACCAUACCCAGUCGAAAGUCUAUCUUUCCCGUCUAAAUAUGAAAAAAGUUGAGCGCUCUGUCUAG